UCAGAUUAUGGCCCAGUUUACAGGGAAAACUCAUGGUUUUACUGUCAACUUUAUUUUGAUGUCUUUUUGGUACAGGGCUGGAAAAGUUAGGUGGAAAACCAGUCUUCGUUUCUAUGUACCUCUGAGUUCUUUGGAGAUCUGCUGGUUUUUAUUUUUCUGUUUUCUGUUUUAGGUUUCUUCUGUAAACUACAGCCUCUGAAGUGGAGGUAUGGCCUCACAAGUCUUGGUCUACCCACCAUAUGUUUAUCAAACUCAGUCAAGUGCCUUUUGUAGUGUGAAGAAACUCAAAGUAGAGCCAAGCAGUUGUGUUUUCCAGGAAAGAAGCUAUCCACAGACCUAUGUGAAUGGUAGAAACUUUGGGAAUUCUCAUCCUCCCACGAAGGGUAGUGCUUUUCAGACAAAGAUACCAUUUACCAAGCCUCGAGGACACAGCUUUUCAUUGCAGGCAGGUGCCGUCGUUGUCAAAGACACUGCGGGUGCUACAAAGGUCAUAGCAGCUCAGGCGCCGCGAGCUGGAGUGGAGGUACCUCGGGCUGUGGUGUGGCGAAACAGCUUGUAUUUCCUAGAAGGUCCUCAGCGAUGUGGAUUGAAGCGCAAGAGUGAGGCGUUGGAUAAUCACAGCGGCGCGAUGCAGAUUGUCGAUGAGCUGUCCAUACUUCCUGCAAUGUUGCAAACCAACAUGGGAAAUCCAGUGACAGUUGUGACAACGACCACAGGAUCAAAACAGAACUGUACCAGUGGAGAAGGCGAUUACCAGUUAGUGCAGCAUGAAGUCUUAUGCUCUCUGAAAAACACAUAUGAAGUCCUUGAUUUUCUUGGUCGUGGCACUUUCGGCCAGGUUGUUAAAUGCUGGAAGAGAGGGACAAAUGAAAUUGUAGCCAUCAAGAUUUUGAAGAAUCACCCUUCGUACGCGCGCCAAGGGCAGAUAGAAGUGAGCAUCCUAGCGAGGCUCAGUACUGAGGACGCUGAUGAGUAUAACUUCGUGAGAGCCUAUGAGUGCUUCCAGCACCGCAGCCACACCUGCCUAGUCUUUGAGAUGCUGGAGCAGAACCUGUACGACUUCCUGAAACAGAAUAAAUUCAGUCCCCUGCCCCUGAAGGUGAUCAGGCCCGUUCUUCAGCAAGUGGCCACUGCACUGAAGAAGUUAAAAAGUCUUGGUUUAAUUCAUGCUGACCUCAAACCAGAGAAUAUCAUGUUGGUGGAUCCUGUUCGACAGCCAUACAGGGUUAAAGUGAUAGACUUUGGGUCUGCCAGUCACGUAUCAAAGACUGUUUGCUCAACGUAUCUGCAGUCUCGGUACUACAGAGCUCCAGAGAUUAUAUUGGGGUUGCCAUUUUGUGAAGCCAUAGACAUGUGGUCAUUGGGAUGUGUGAUUGCAGAGUUAUUCCUUGGAUGGCCACUCUACCCAGGAGCCUUGGAGUAUGAUCAGAUUCGAUACAUUUCUCAGACUCAAGGUUUACCAGGAGAACAAUUGUUAAAUGUGGGUACAAAAUCCACAAGAUUUUUUUGCAGAGAAGCAGAUAUGUCUCAUUCUGGUUGGAGAUUAAAGACACUGGAAGAGCAUGAGGCCGAGACAGGAAUGAAGUCUAAGGAAGCCAGGAAGUACAUAUUCAGCAGUCUGGAUGAUAUAGUGCACGUGAACACAGUGAUGGACUUGGAAGGAAGUGAUCUUUUGGCUGAGAAAGCUGAUAGAAGAGAAUUUGUUAGUCUUUUGAAGAAAAUGUUGCUGAUUGAUGCAGAUUUAAGAAUUACUCCAAUUGAGACUCUGAACCACCCAUUUGUUAAUAUGAAGCAUCUUCUAGAUUUCCCUCACAGCAACCAUGUAAAGUCCUGUUUUCAUAUCAUGGAUAUUUGUAAGUGUCCAAGUUCAUCUGAAACAAAUAAUCACAGUAAAAUGUCACUCUUACGACCAGUUACAUCAAAUAGCACUGCUGCUCUAACAGCAAACUUUACUAAACUCGGAACAUUAAGAAGCCAGGCGUUAGCCACAUCCGCUCCCUCGGUUGUGCACCGUGGCAUUCCUCUGCAGGCGGGAACUGCACAGUUCGGGUGUGGGGAUGCUUUUCAUCAAGCCCUGAUUAUCUGUCCUCCAGCUAUUCAAGGUAUUCCUGCCACACAUGGCAAGCCCAGCAGUUACUCCAUAAGGGUAGACAAUACAGUUCCGCUUGUAACUCAGGCGCCAGCUGUGCAACCGCUGCAGAUCCGACCUGGAGUUCUUUCACAGACAUGGUCUGGUAGAACACAGCAGAUGCUGAUACCUGCCUGGCAGCAGGUGACACCCAUGGCUCCGGCAGCUGCAACACUGACUUCAGAAGGCAUCGCUGCUUCACAGAGGCUGGGAGACUGGGGGAAAAUGAUUCCACACAGCAAUCAUUACAACUCGGUGAUGCCACCACCUCUCCUAGCCAACCAGAUAACAUUAUCGGCCCCUCAGCCUAUCAGCGUGGGCAUUGCACAUGUUGUCUGGCCUCAGCCUGCCGCUACCAAGAAAAAUAAGCUGUGCCAGAACAGAGGUAUUUUGGUAAAACUAAUGGAAUGGGAGCCAGGAAGAGAGGAAAUAAAUGCUUUCAGUUGGAGUAAUUCAUUGCAGAAUACCAAUAUCCCACAUUCAGCAUUUAUUUCUCCAAAGAUAAUCAAUGGGAAAGAUGUUGAGGAAGUAAGUUGUUUAGAAACCCAGGACAAUCAUACCUCAGAAGGAGAGGCAAGAAAUUGCCAUGAAGCGUCUGUCAGACAGGAUUCUUCAGUUUCAGACAAACAGAGGCAAACCAUCAUCAUCGCCGACUCCCCGAGCCCUGCCGUGAGUGUGAUCACCAUUAGCAGUGACACCGACGACGAGGAGGAGACCUCACCCAGGCAUUCACUCAGAGAGUGCAAAGGUAGUCUAGAUUGUGAAGCUUGCCAAAGCACUUUGAACAUUGACCGGAUGUGUUCACUCAGUAGUCCUGAUAGCACUCUGAGCACCAGCUCCUCAGGGCAGUCCAGCCCGUCCCCUUGCAAGAGACCGAACAGUAUGUCAGAUGAUGAACAGGAAAGUGGGUGUGAGACAGUGGAUGGCUCUCCAACAUCAGACUCCUCAGGCCAUGACAGUCCAUUUGCAGAGAGCAGUUUUGUGGAGGAUACUCAUCAAAACACAGAGCUGGGGACUUGUGCUGGCACAGAAGCCAAGCCAGCUGUUGGCCCUGCUGUGGAGCCACCAGUGGGAAUAGAAAGUAGAUUGAAUGUGGAUGCGCACAUGGCAAACACAGAUUCUACAUGCCAGCCAUUAAUAAAAGGACAGCCCGCCCCUGGAAAGCUGAACCAGCCUUCUGCCCCGGGUACUCGUCAGCAAAAGCCCACAUCAGCGUUCCAGCAGCAGCAGCAGCAGCAGCAUUUGAACUUCAGCCAGGUUCAGCAUUUCGGAACUGGGCAUCAGGAGUGGAAUGGAAACUUCGGACAUCGAAGACAGCAAGCUUAUAUUCCUACUAGUGUUACCAGUAACCCGUUCACUCUUUCUCACGGAAGUCCUAACCACACAGCAGUACAUGCCCAUCUGGCUGGAAGUGCGCACCUCGGAGGACAGCCUACUCUCCUUCCAUACCCGUCGUCAGCUGCCCUCAGUAGUGCUGCACCAGUGGCCCACCUCCUAGCCUCUCCGUGUACCUCAAGACCUAUGUUACAGCAUCCACCUUACAAUAUCUCCCAUCCCAGUGGCAUAGUUCACCAAGUCCCUGUGGGCAUAAAUCCCCGUCUGUUACCAUCCCCAACCAUUCAUCAGACUCAGUACAAGCCAAUCUUCCCUCCACAUUCUUACAUUGCAGCGUCACCUGCGUAUACUGGAUUUCCAUUGAGUCCAACAAAACUCAGCCAGUAUCCAUAUAUGUGAAAACUCAAAAACAGUAUAUUGAGGAAGCUCAAUGAUACAAACGUUUAAUUAAAAAUAAAAACAUGGUAUUUAAUAAAUAUUAGCCAUGGCACAAGAAAAUUAUUUUUGAAUCAUGUAGACUUGGGUGCAAUUUAAACAACUUUGAGCUUUAAAAAAAACUCUCACUUUUAAUGUGUUUUGCACAUUUGGUAUAACUUGUCUUUGGUCAUGUAUCUUCUUAAUGUAGUAACUCUAGACAGGUGACUUAUGGGAGCAAAAGUCCAGUUUUGCUCCUGCUAUUUUUUAUAAAAUUGCCUUCUAACUAGUGCAAGACACGUCCACAUUUGGGAAGCCAUUCUGUGUCUAGACUUAGAGCAACAGAUGCACAUGUGUCAGAAUUACAGCAUACGAGUGAAUUGUAUCGUCCGUGUCUUAGUGUGUACAUGUCGGGGCACUUAACCUAAGCAACUGAGCUAUUGUUCUGUACAUUUGCAUGUGUCUUUUGCAUGGGCAAAAUGUUGCCUAGACUUGGCUCUUAAUGUUGUUCUAAUAAUCUCAGCUGCAUUGUAAACCGUUUCCACACAUAGUGCCUUAAAUAUUUGAGGUUGAAGUUAUUACCUAUCUGUAAAUGUUGAGGACUGCAGCACUUAAAAUUCAGACCUACUCUUUAGUUUUCUUUCAGUAGAGUGACGUUCCUUUUGGUUUCGUGUGGUAUGAUUUCAGAUAGUAGCUGCUUUUUCCUUAUUAAGAGGGCAGCAUGUUUGCUAUAGCCGAAUUCUGCUGUCUGAUUUUUUUCAGAAUGAUCUAGCUUCAAGAAAAGCAAGCAGUUAGUAGUGCUUAAGAAAACUUGAUUCAGUAACUAAUGGACAGCUGAUAUCUGUCACAGCACAGCAUCUUAUAUCCUAUUAAGUGAGACUGCAAUACAACCUACGUUUAUUUUGGGAGUGUUUGCUGUAUCAUUGGACUUCAUAAAGUGUUUAGAGUGCAGUAGGCAUGACGAGUAGAUAAUGAAAGAAAAUGCAAACGCUCAUUGACUCGUGAUGUGGUUUCUUCUUCGCUUGGGCAGACCACGCAGUAUUUAACACAUAGUCGCAGAAUAUUAACUAUCGAAGCUUGAAAAGAUGUGAGUUCUUUGUGUGCAAUUUUUCAGUUAUGCAUGUGAGAAGGUUUUUGGUUUUUGAUUAUUUUUAAGUAUUUUUACAUUGUAGUACUCGUUUCUGCUUGUUGGUGGUGUUUGCUUAUUUAAUACAUUCCGUCAGGGACAGAAAUUACAUGCUUUUUCUCUUAGGAAGUGUGUAUUGGGUUUUCCCCUCCCCCUCCCCUUGGUGGUGAUGGUGGUGAUGUUUAAAUGAAGUUGCUUUUACAGCACCAAAGACUUAAUCAUCCAUUUCUUAUAUAAAAGGUAGCUACUUUUUGCAUAGACCUCAAGUAUAUUGUAGUGUAGAGGUGGAAUUUAAGGAAAGGUAUUAAACCAAGGCUGUGUUUUAGCUUACAGGCAAGUAAUAAAUUGUAUCAUUUAUCUUGAAUGUACCAUAGAUAAGCUGCUACAUAACGAUUGCCACUUCAGAUAGCUGUGAAAUUAGGUGAUUAACUAGUUGUUAUUUAGCUUUCUAAUUUCUGUAUAAGUCUAAUUACACGAGAUAGAAGCUGGGGUUUUGAUUUUUUUUUUUCUUUGCUUUUCUGUUUGGAGUGUCAUUGUAACUACUGUAUUGUAAAUGAUGGAAACAAUUGCCUAUGUUAUUUUGGAGUGUGUUAUUUGCAUCAGUAUUUUAUCUCUAUUAAUGUUUGUGCUCAUCACUGCAUAUAAAAACUUGGAUGUAUCAAUGUAACUUAAUUUUUUAUUUUCAUACUGGCAUUGUAGACACUUGAGAAAGCUGUAUCUUGCAGGCUUGACUUAACUUUUUUUCCUUAAAAGUCUGGAAUAUAAUCUUACAGCAUUUACUGGAAUAAACAGUACAAAACAUUUGAGUGUAAAACUCCAAGUGUUUUGGAUUGACAGCAUUUCCUUACUAAGCAAGUUGCACAUAAGUGCAGCUCUCGUACAGCGCUGAUGAUAAGCUAAUAGUGAUACGUUUUUCUUUACUCCAUUGACAUGAGCAGUGUUUUAUUUAAUAAUCAUCCAUGACAUAAACGUGCCUGAAGUUGAUUUUUUAAAUUACAGUAUUAGAUCAUAAAGUAAAAACCAGCAACACAUUUUUAGUCACUGAAAAUGAAGGACUUGAUUCUCCCACAGGUUUCAGUGUUUUUAGUAAUUGAUUCUAUGCAUUUUAUAUAAAUAGAAAGAUAUAUAACACACAUUACGAAAAGAAGUAGACUGAGAUUAACUUGAGGACUAUUUACAGACGACACGUUGUGGAGUCACUGUUGAUGUAACCU